UAUGGCAGCUAGCUUGCUUAGCUUUUGUCAGAGCUUUGAUUGAAAAUUUUUGUAAUAAAUACGUUAUAAAUACUGCAUUUUAUAUUAAAACUAUUUGACGAAAUGGAUAUUUUAAGAGACGAAGGAGUGCAUGAGUUGAAAUACAAACCCGGUGGGCGUUUGGACAUGAACCACGGCUUCCUUCACCAUAUCCGCAGGAACCAAAUUGCUAGAGAUGACUAUGAUAAAGAAGUAAAGCAAGCUAAAGAGCUUCAGCGGCGGAGGCACACAACAACCCCUCGAAGGCCUCGUCGACCCGACAUCCAGGUGUACCAUCCGAAACAAAGGCGUGGCUCAGAACCAGAAACUGGUGCUGAUCCCGAAGAGUGGAACGAGAGUGGGUCGAGCACAGAGACUGAAAUCCACAGGACAGAACUCUUCUGGCUCGACUAUCAGGAGGACUCUGGAGUCAUCACUUCUUUCUUGGUGCACAAGGAGGAUAAGCCUGAGAAGGUGGUGGACCGUGUUUCAGAGAAGAACGUAUUGGAUGCUGCAAUGAGGGCAGCUUUGGAGGUUCGAAUUCGAAAGGAAAUUGAUAAAAGACGAGACAACCGGUGAUGGGGACAAAGCUGUAACAGUCACGGUUAUGUGCUCCUGCUUUUUUGUGGUUUGAGCGCAGGGAGGAUCCUGCUGUCAUUCACAGUGACACUCGGCAGAGGUGACCUGAAGACAAGCCAUGUGUUGGUGAAGGAGGAGAAAGAAAAGCACCUAUCAGGUUCACAUGAAGAUCAAAUGAACAUGUUCUUGGUUUUAUUUGUUUACAAAAAGAAAAAAGAAAGAAAAGAUUGUUGUCAUGGAAUAUUAGUGUAUAACCAAUGACUUGGUUCUGAAAAUGAGAAGUUUGUCUUGUUUUGUAGCGGCCACAAUGUGGUUUAGGUGGUAACUGUUUUGUAGUUUCCAGUUGUGUUAUUUAUUCUGAGUUGUGAAAAUACCAAUAUUUUUGAUACUAUGACACAUUUUGACAGCUGAAUUUUUUAAAUAAAAGAUUACAUUAGCUUCAAAGCCAUUUCUAGUUUUCCAAUAGUCAUGAUAAUGUCCCCUGUUAUUAACUCACCCACCUUUUGCUGUGACUGCAUUCAUUUUGUCGAGGUGACAUUUUUCCAGGUUUCCUUCUGAGAAACAAAAGCUCUGACUAAAGAAAUGUUCUUAAAUGAUUUACAUAAAAUCCUCAGCAGAUGGCAGCAACUGUCAGUUUUACAACUACCCUGCUUCUUGUUUACUGUCGCAAACUAUUUCUAUAAUUGCUUGUCAAUUUUUGAUCUCUAGGUCUUGGUUAAGACCUAGAGAUACAUUUCCUUUUACUAGAACUUGUAUGUAAAAUGUAGAGUGAAGGUGAUGGCUUUUAGAUUGUUUCGAUUAAAAAAAAAUCCACCUUUUCUCUGACACUCCUGAAUAAAUCUUUUAACACAU